AUGAGGUGGAAUAACAACACCUCUGGGUUUGUCCUUAUGAGGAUGGCCCAUAUAGUGUCUGAUGAGAGUAGGGAUGACAAGUGCUUCAAAGAUAAGGAUGUGAACCAUGUGGCAAAGGCUCUACUGGAGUACUGUGGUGAAGCUGUGAGCCCUAGUCAAGUGUACAAUCACUUGAGGAAGUGGAGACAGAAGUGGGCUAGGGUUGUGAAGUUGAAGGAUCUUAGUGGUGCACUGUUUGAUCAUGAUGUGAAUGCCAUAAAGCUUGAACCUGAGCACUACAUAGGCCACUGCAUGGACCAUCCUAAGGAUGCUGAAUUCCUGAACACCCCAAUCAGGUUCUACACUGAGAUGGAGACCAUAUUUGGUUCUUCCAUGGCCACAGGUAGGUUUGCCCUAGGUUCCAGUGAGCCACUUGGGGUGAACAAUGUUGACAGUGUCGCUGCUAAGAUAGAGGGCCAUGGCUUCACCACUGUUGUUGAUGUUAAGGCCAGCCCUGAGAUGGGUGAGGGCAGCAAGGCAACUGAGCUGCUGGCUUUCACUGUUGGAGUAAAGAGAAAGAUGGGUAAUUUCAGUGAGGAAGAGAUGCUUAUGAUGACUAACAUGACUGAUGCUGUCAACAAUGUAACCUCUGCACUUAGAGAGACUGGGUCUGCACAUGUGGAUCCUGACCUCUAUCUUGCAGUCAUGGAGAUGGUUGGCUUCACCACUGAAGCUCUCAUUGUUGCCUACACCUACCUGUUACAGAACAAGGCCCUUGGAAGGGGCUUUGUGAACAUGGCAAUCAGCCAUAGGAACAUUUGGCUGAGGAACUACCUUACCAAGAACUACUAUAUGUAG